AUGGUCAAGGUCCUGAAACUUCCCGUAUCCGCAUGCUCGUUGCCGAUUGGUACUAUUAACUCGAUGAAUACGGUUUCGAAAGGGAUUGUUCAAAUUAUUAUUCAAUCAGCGCACAACGAAUUCAGGAAAGAAUUAACGUGCUUAUCCAUUCCAGCAAUAUCCGAUUUAGUCCCGUCCGAAGUUUUUCCGCGAGAAAAAAUAAAGAUUCCGUCUAAUAUUAAACUCGCGGACCCCGAAUUUCACUUGCCACGCCCGGUUGAUAUAUUAAUUGGAGCCGGAGCAACAUUGUCAUUGUUCUCAAUCGGCCAAAUCAAUCUGUCGCGUAACGGUUACGAUCUAUAUUUGCAAAAGACGCGACUCGGAUGGGUCGUUGCGGGCGGAGGCGCGGCGCGGAAUUAUUCCAAAAACAACGCACAUGUAUUAACGAAUUUAGAACAGCAGAUAUCAAAUUUUUGGAAUAUCGAAGAGAUAACGGGUAAUUCACCGAGAUCGAACGAAGAUCUUGAAUGCGAGGCUCAUUUUUUAGCAAAUGUUACGCGUGAUAGCAGCGGGCGCUAUAUAGUCAAAUUGCCGUUUCGCGAGGCGAGUACGCGUUUCGGCAAGUCCAGAACAGUCGCGCUCAAGCGAUUGCUUGCUCUCGAACGAAAACUCGAUGCAGAUCCGAAUUUAAAGACAUCGUAUUCGCGAGUUAUACGGGAAUACUUAGAUCUGAAUCAAAUGACUCCGAUAAACGAUAUUUCCGAUGACGGAUACUACAUGCCGCAUCACGCGGUAAUUAAAGCUUCGAGCAACACGACUAAGGUUCGCGUGGUAUUCGACGCGUCGGCUAAGGCGGAGAACGGUAUAUCUUUAAAUGACACACUUAUGACAGGGCCAACGAUUCAAGACACAAUAUUCGCGCAUUUAAUAAGAUUCCGCACGUAUAAAUGUGUUCUUACUGCUGACAUAGAGAAAAUGUAUCGACAGGUAAUGGUGCAUGAGGACAAUAGAAAAUACCAGCGCAUACUCUGGCGCGAGAAUAAUGAAAUUAAAACCUUUCAACUCAAUACGUUAACAUUCGGCGUAUCGUCCUCCCCUUAUCUUGCCAUACGUUCGAUUCAUAAGCUCGCCGAUGACGAGCAUCAUGCCUACCCCGCCGCCGCGAAAGUUCUUAAAACACAUUUAUACGUCGACGAUUUGUUAACCGGUACGAACACGAUCGAAGAGGCUCAUGCAUUACGCAACGAGAUAAUCGCAUUAUUAUCUCGGGGCGGAUUCAAUAUCCGGCAAUGGGCAUCAAAUGAAAGACGCGUUAUAGAGGAUUUAAAUCCUGACGCCGUAAAUACAAGCCUUCUGCUUGAUAAAAAUAACCCAUUAAAAACGCUAGGUUUAUCGUGGUGCGCGAGCAAAGAUGUGUUGCGUUAUUCGGUUCGCUCUAUCGAUCGCGCUGAGAGGGUUACGAAACGUAUCAUGAUAUCCGAAAUCGCUAAGAUUUUCGACCCGUUGGGCAUUCUAGGACCGGUUUUAUUAUACGCGAAAAAACUCAUGCAGCAAUUAUGGCAAUGUAAGUUAGAAUGGGAUGAAUCCAUCCCACCGAGUAUAUACACGGCCUGGACAGACUUUAUCACGCAAUUAAAUUUAAUCAAUCAACUAAGCAUAGAUCGUCCAGUAUUGAUGUCGGAUUACGAUGAAGUGCAAAUACAUGGCUUUUGCGACGCAAGUAAUGCAGGUUACGGUGCUUGCUUAUAUGUUCGGACGAAAGACGCACACAAUAAUAUACGUUGUCAGCUAUUGUGUGCCAAAUCCCGAGUCGCGCCAUUAAAACCGGUAACGACACCCCGUCUCGAACUAUGCGGAGCUCUUCUGUUAGCCAAAUUAUAUCUCGAAGUAAAAAACGCGAUAGAACUCACGUGCGACAAGAUAGUUUUGUAG